AUGGACUGUAACUGCGUCAGUGAUCUGCUGCUCCCCCCGGUGCCCGCCCUCUGGACGCCAGGGAUCGCCUUCCCAGAGUGGGCCUACAAACCCGAGUCGAGCCCCGGCUCCAGACAGAUCCAGCUGUGGCACUUCAUCCUAGAGCUCCUGCAGAAGGAAGAGUACCAAGGGGUGAUAGCCUGGCAGGGAGACUACGGGGAGUUUGUCAUCAAGGACCCAGACGAGGUGGCCCGACUGUGGGGGAUAAGGAAAUGCAAACCUCACAUGAACUAUGACAAACUGAGCAGGGCUCUAAGGUAUUACUACAACAAGCGUAUUUUGCACAAAACCAAAGGGAAGCGUUUCACCUACAAGUUUAACUUCAGUAAGGUUGUGCUGGUGAACUACCCCAUCCUGGACAUGGCCAGCUCGCCCUUCUUCCUUGCCCAGAACCAUUUCAACGGGGGCUCCACCACACCAGACUGCAGCCCAGAGGCCAUACAGUCCUUGUUUCCUCGUUUGCCAGACACCAGCAGAGGAACCUCCCUUUUCGAUCGGGGGACCACAGCACCAGGAGCUGAAGGGGACAAACUGAGACUGGACUCAUUUCCUUUCCUAAGUUCAGGUGCACCGUGCUAUUCAAAACCCCCGUCCCUGCUGGGCCCGUACCCUCGCAACCCACCCUUUGACUACCCCUGGGGCUUCAACCCCUACCUCCCAGGGGCCUUCUCUCUCAACAACUGCCCCAAACUGCCCCCUGGCUCCCUCUACCCCUCCCAGUUUUACCCCAACCCCUUGCAGAGCAGCCUUUCACAGCUGCCUCACCCCUUCUCCUCCCUGCUCCCGCCUGGAGAGGCAGGUGGGGGUGAGAGGGGAGCAGCGGGGCAAACUGGCGGGACAAAUGGCACAGCGGGCGGUCAGCCGGCCAGACUCUGCCUGCCGCCGUACCAGGGCAGCCUGUCGAUGGGUCGGACAGAUAUUGGCAGCGGGGCGACACUGGGAGAAAGGGUGGAGCCCAAUCCUCCGGGUAUGGGGUUGACCUUGGGCCUGGGAGCGGUCAGCUUAGGAGCCGGGACUGGGACAGACCAGCAGAGCCCCACAGAGAGAAGAGGAGGGGUGAAGCAGGACCCAGAGUCAGACUCAGACCUGGAGAUAACAGAUCUGAGCGACUGCAGCUCGGACAAUGAAAACGAGCAUGAAUUUGGCAUUCGGAAGGAAUCCAGCCAUGCGAACCGAUCACAGCUUGUGUUAGAUGGGAAGAAAGGAAGCGUAUUGCCUCCCGUCUCCUCUCUUCCUCCACCAGUGUCCCCACAUCCACUCAAGAGUCUGAUGCCCAUUACUCCUCCUCCCCCAUCCCUGCCUAGGUCACUCUCACCUUCCAUGGCUCUGCAUGAAAGACACAGGGAGACAGAGACUCUCAAACUGAUACACAGCUAA